UGCCAUUCACGGUCAAGGUCUCCAUGACGGUCGUUAUUGUUGAGCAACGUUCCUCGUCGCCUUUCCGGUCCUUUUCCUUGUCAGAAGUCGGAAAUAUUCAACUUCCCACUUUCAUCGAAUGCAGCAGAAGGACCAGAUGCUGAUGUUGCCGCAAGAGGAAGCAAUGCGCAUGCGUCUAGCUGACGGAAGCCCAUCGAUUCUUGACAUCUUUUGUUUGGUGUCUUUCUCUAAGCAGGCCGACAGAAAACGCAGCCGGUAUCCCACCUCAAUAUGACGUCACGUGUAGGCCACAAACCUGCUGCCUCCAACGGAAGUGACUUUAAAUUCAGGGAGAAGGCGAAUCCACACUACCAAAUGAGCGCUUCUUUGAAGUCAGAGGUGCGCCGCUUGAAUGUGAUCCAUCUUCUGGUUUGGCUUCUGAUAGCCGCCCAAGUUGCCGUCAGUCACUUCAACCUGCUGCCGCACGACACCGUUGCCAUGCCCUACCAGUGGGAGUACCCCUACCUUCUCAGCAUGGUCCCCCUGUUAUGCAGCAGUCUGUCGCUGCCCAAGAACAACAUCAGCUACCUGGUCUUGUCCAUGAUCAGCGCCGGGCUAUUCUCAGUGGCGCCGCUCAUCUACGGUGGCAUGGAGAUGUUCCCCCUGGCGCAGCAGUUGUAUCGCCACGGCAAAGCCUACCGCUUCAUCUUCGGCUUUUCCGCGGUGACUGUGAUGUAUUUGCUCAUGGUGGUAGCGGUCCAAGUGCACGCAUGGCAGCUGUACUACAUGAAGAAGCUGCUGGACUCGUGGUUCACCGCCACGCAAGAGAAGAAGAAGAAAUGAUUGUUUUUUAAAAAAAGAAUUAUUUGUCAAUUACUUAAUUCGACAGGAAUCACAUGAUGGUAUUUAUUCUUGUUAUGUUGUCAUUUUUCUUUGAUUGUAAUACAACACAUUCUCCCAACAUUAAUACAAUUUGUAAUAAUGUAUUAUGAACAUUUUCUGACUUUACUUAUACUUUCUUGUAUGUUUGACUUUUACUUUGUUUUAUUGUGACUGAAUAUUUCAUUUCGACUCCUGUACAAUAGAAAGCGUGUGUCUUCAAAAGCAAUUUGUUUUUAUCUCCAAGUACUCCUUUUUUCAUGUUUCCAGAAAAUAAUUGUAAUUUUAUGAAAACAUUUUUCAUACAAAAAAAGCAUAAAAUGUACCGAGAAUUUUAUUCUCCCAAUAUUCUCUUCAUUUUACGACUGGGUACCUCCUACCAAAAUACGGAUAUGGUGAAAGAGAAAUGGACAUAUGUCUGGUUUUUAUGAUUAUACUAUUCCUUUUGUAGUAUUUCCUUAAAAUAAAUCAUUUUCAAUAACUGUUCUGGUAUAACAUUAUGCGUGACAUAAUGCAUGGUGAAUUUCGAAUGAAUAAAACGUUUCGUUCCAAGUGUU